GCUGGAGAGGCGGUUUCUCGGCCGGAGUUAGUCGGACGGUGGCUCCGGAGCUCACUGGCCUGCAUAGCUGGUUGCAGCUGGAGAGCACCACCGAGUGCAGCGGACACCACUGGAGCAGCUCAGGAAAAAGUCGCGCUCCAUAGCUGCAAGCAAAUGCAGACAAGUCAAGUUCGGCGAACGGCGAGGUCAUGACGACAAGAAGUUCCAUGGUGAUUGCCAAAGCGCGGUAGGCUGCCAAAUUGUGAUUGUUGGUGACGAAGAGGAGGACGCAAUGGAAUCCCUUGACGAGGACGUGGAGGCAGCCCCGCCUCCAGCAUAUAAUCAGUACCGGCCUCCUCAGUUUGAGGGAAGCACUUUGGCUCCAAUACCCAUUGACAAGAGAGUUAAGAGACACAGCAUUCACGGCAUGAUGGAGGAGGAAAAUGUGGUGCGGCCUCAUCAAGAAAUGGCCCAGUUGUCGCUGGAUGAAAAGAAAUUCCUGCUGGCUGUGGAACGGGGCGAUGUCGCGUCUACCAGAAGAAUGCUUCAAAAGGCAACAGACACAGGUUACAUCAACGUCAACUGUGUCGACCCUUUGGGGAGAUCCGCCCUCCUGAUGGCAAUUGACAACGAAAAUCUGGAGAUGGUGGAGCUGCUUCUCGAGCACCGAGUGGAUACAAAAGACGCACUCCUGCAUGCUAUUUCAGAGGAGUUUGUCGAGGCUGUGGAGGUGUUGCUGGACCACGAGGCAACCAGACAUACCCCAGGAGAGCCCCACGACGCCAGUAAGCAGCAGCAACACCUACAGAGCUGGGAAGCGUUGCCCCCUGACACCGCCACUUUCACCCCUGACAUCACACCGCUGAUCCUCGCGGCCCACAGGGACAACUACGAGAUCAUCAAAAUCCUUUUGGACAGGGGUGCGACUUUGCCUAUGCCGCACGACGUGAGGUGCGGGUGCGACGAGUGCGUUACAUCGCGCCAAGAGGACUCGCUGCGACACUCACGCUCCAGGAUCAACGCCUACCGCGCCCUGGCCAGUCCGUCCCUGAUCGCCCUGUCCAGCAAGGACCCCAUACUCACGGCCUUUGAGCUUUCCUGGGAGCUUAGGAGGCUCAGCUUCCUGGAACACGAGUUCAAGUGCGAAUACCAGGAGUUGAGAAAACAGUGCCAAGACUUUGCCACUGCCCUGCUAGACCACACCCGAUCAUCUUAUGAGCUAGAAGUUUUGUUAAACCACGACCCCACUGGACCAGCUUUCGAACAUGGGGAAAGAAUGCAUCUCAACAGGCUAAAAUUAGCAGUUAAAUUACGUCAAAAGAAGUUUGUCGCACACUCGAAUGUGCAGCAGCUGUUAGCAUCCAUUUGGUACGAAGGUCUUCCUGGCUUCCGUCGCAAAAAUAUGAUUCUACAGGCGCUGGAAAUCAUUCGAAUCGGCCUAUUGUUCCCCGUGUUCUCCAUCGCCUACAUCAUUGCACCGUACUCGUCUAUUGGACAGACCAUGCGGAAGCCCUUCAUCAAAUUCAUCUGCCAUUCCGCCUCCUACUUUACCUUCCUUUUUUUGCUGAUUCUCGCGUCGCAGAGGACAGGACUCUUUUUUGAACUCUCAGAAGACGAGUCGAACAAAAGGGGUGGAAAACCUACCCCGGUAGAAUGGGUCAUCCUGGCCUGGGUUUGCGGUCUGAUCUGGAGCGAAAUUAAACAACUGUGGGACACAGGCUUUCAGGAAUACGUACACGACAUGUGGAACGUCAUCGACUUUGUCACUAAUUCCCUCUACGUUGCCACCGUGGCUCUUCGCAUUGUCUCUUACUUCAAGGUGCAACAGGAAAAGUCCCUAGGUAUAAACACCUCGGAUCUCCAGCGUGAGUGCUGGGACGCCUGGGACCCCAUGCUCAUCGCUGAGGGCCUUUUCUCUGCUGCAAACAUUUUCAGUUCUUUAAAGCUAGUGUACAUCUUCUCUGUGAAUCCGCACUUGGGACCGCUUCAGGUGUCCCUAAGCAGAAUGGUGAUGGACAUUAUGAAGUUCUUCUUUUUGUACGUGUUGGUGCUCUUCGCCUUUUCUUGCGGUCUUAAUCAACUCCUGUGGUACUACGCUGACAUGGAGCGGCAGCGCUGCCAUGAACUUGGGGACUUGAACUCCAAAAUGGAUAAUGGCACCUCGAUAGCCUCAGAUACCGAUGCUUGCGUUGUCUGGAGAAGGUUUGCAAAUUUGUUUGAAACAACGCAAACUCUAUUUUGGGCUGUGUUCGGCCUGGUGGACUUGAACAACUUCGAGUUGGCCGGCAUCAAGAGCUUUACCCGCUUCUGGGGGAUGCUGAUGUUUGGCACAUACUCAGUGAUCAACAUCGUGGUGCUGCUGAACCUGCUGAUUGCCAUGAUGAACCACUCGUACCAGCUCAUCUCGGUAAAGAGCAAGAGCAGCGCCUCAUCAACUUUCCUAACUAAACACGAGCUGCGGUUUAGGCAACCUGCAAAGGAACGGGCAGACACUGAGUGGAAAUUUGCGAGAAGCAAAUUGUGGAUCAGCUACUUUGAGGAAGGCGGCACCGUUCCUCCGCCUUUCAAUAUCAUCCCAACUCCCAAGAGCAUAUGGUACCUGAUCAGGUGGAUGCACCGCAAGGUUUGUGGACAGUCAAGAGCGGCCAAAAAGGAGCACAUGCGAACAAUCAGGAGGAAAGUGAAGCAAGCCAGCGCGAGAGACUUCAGAUAUCAACAUUGCUGCGGGAAAUGCUUGCCUGAUUCCCCGCCACCACAGCGUCGCCACGACAAAGGUUGCCCCGCGUUGGACGUGGAGGCGACCACCCGAAGCAGCUUAAUUAGCAUGGAGCGCCGAAUCGGGGAGCUCAGAAAGCAGAGCAUCAUGCGAAAUCUGGUGCGACGCUAUGUGACCGUGGAGCAGCGCAAGGCUGAGAGUCAAGGGGUGACGGAGGACGAUGUUAAUGAGAUCAAGCAAGAUAUCUCGGCAUUCCGCUGCGAGCUCAUCGAGAUUUUGAAGAAUUCAGGCAUGAACACUGCCACGGCCAGUGGCGUUGGAGGAGGCGCUGGAGGCAAGAAGAACAGACAGAAGGAAAGAAGACUGAUGAAAGGCUUUAACAUCGCACCGCCACCCACAUCGGCUUCAUCGCCAAAGGGCGGGCAGGCUGCAGUUACAGCAGCAGGCGCCGAUCUAAUUGCCACUUUGCAGGAGGUGGCCGAGCUUGACAAAAAGUCACCACCUGCGCGAGUCGGACGGCUGGCCAGGCUGACCGGCACAACGCCCAAGAGGGAGAGCUCCAAGAGGCGCUGGGGCACCAUCAUCGAGGCGGCCAAAACGGGCAGGGUGCGCAGACUGAUGGGCAGGAGCCGCUCGCAGGACUCCAUGUGCAGCGGCUGUCCUGAGGGCAGCACCAGGAGCAGGAGGGGCGGAGUCGCUGAACGGGGUGACAGCAGGGAGGAAGAGGAGGACGAAGAGGAUGUUGACCCGGAGGAUCUCGAAGACGAAAUGGGUAGUUCGUGCUCUGGAAGUGGGAGGGACGAAGACCCCCAUCCUGUCGUUCCCAAGAGUCCACGACACCACGGCAGCCUGAGUGCCCUGAGCGCCGCCUGGGGCGGGGGUCUACGCUUAGUCCGCAGUCUUCGCAAGAAGGAUGCCUCCGUCACUAGCCGCGGGGGUGGCUUUUUCCACCCAAACCUCCGUCUGCGUCUCCUGCACCAUCACCACCAAGGCUCCUCCUCCAUCGAGAGCGCCCCUGGCAGUAGCGUCGGAAGCAGUGCCAAAAGGCAUUCAAAAAAGCAAGAGAAGCGUCUGGCCAGGGCGGCCAGCGUGCCAGCGCGCUCCGACGACCCUCCAGUGGCGGCCGGUACCACGCUCAGGGAUGCAGGGGAUGGUACAUCCUCGGCCCCGAUAUCGCCCCCGUCGAACGUGCCUCAGGAGCUGGUGCCGCCACCGCCUUUCCCACCGCCGCCGUUCCCCGCAGAACCCUCGGUGUCCCCGUCAGCCUCGUAUCAGGGCGCACAGCAGAUGCUCAAGAACCGAAAUGGCACCGUCGUGCUGCCGAACCUACCAGGAAUUCAGCCUAUUGGAGGUCAUCAGAUGUCUGCUGGUUGGCUCUGAUCCAUAAGAUGUUCCACCUUUGGUGUUUUGUGUUGAGGUUUAUUUGAUACUCGCCUCACUCUCUGUGUUACGUAAUGCGGACGAUUUGCUGAGGUGGGUCCCUCGAGGGGAUUCAUAGCGUUGAAGGAGACGAAGGAGGGGCGCAAACAGGGGCUUUUGAUACACAAAAAUGCUGUACUUGCUGGCACUUUUGCAAUCUCAUUGAAUACGUCCAUUAAAAGGUUUUGCACAAGCAGCGUUUUGGAAGCAAUUAAGAUAGGAUGAUUUAGAGCACGCGCGAAGGGAAUGAUGAGAAAUAGCGAUAUAUUUGCAAUGCAAUGGCCUACAAGAGAAAAUGAAAUCAAGAGUGUUCUCACAGCAGCGACAACGGAAGGCUACACUCUCGAAUUAUGCUGAUAAAUAACACACACACACAAUACUAUUUUUACAUCUGUAAAAUUAAUAUGCAUUAGGGACCAUUCCUCUUGUAAAUUACGAAGAAACCACACACAUUUUCAGAGGCCAAACUCGAGGAGAAAAAUGGGGGAAUGCGUACGACUUGUUGUAGAAAGAUUUUUCAAAUUGAAAAUUGAGGAAUUUAAUUGUUCUCACACUCACAAAAGCAAUUAUAUGCAACGUUCAGAAGUUAAAAGCAAGAUGUUUGGAUAUUGAGGUAAUUAUCUCUUAACGCAGGUUAAGUGUUUUUACAUGAUCUUAAUGAAUAAUAUAUAUUACUAUUGGUCAUUAUUCUAUGAUUAUAUGAAAAGUUAUACCCAAAAUUAACAGCAUAUUUAUCACUGUUGAAGCACAAACAAAAUAAAAAACAAGUGUUGAAAAUUUUA